AUGCCUCAAAUCACUUUCCCCACUCUGCAGGAUAUCAAGACGUACCUGAUGGCAGAGACUAAGCCCACGGAUAAGAUAGCUUAUAGAGAUUGUCCAAAAGCCAACCGUCGGUCGCUCUUUGAGUAUCUGCAGCAAGAGGGACUGAAAAUAGAGGAACAGUCUGCCGAGGACCGAAAGAGAAAACAGCAGUAUGAACAGAGGGUCGACAUUCUCAAUGCUGCCGAUACUGUCUUCCAGUUCUAUCUUCCAACAGGAGUCUAUGCUCCGACCGCAACGAGAUAUUGGGGCGCUGUCAGGGCUUUGAUUCAGAUGCCCUCUCCACAGAGACGUGAAGGCCACGACGAGGAAGAUGAUGAAGAUGAAGACGAGAUCGAGGACGUCAACGUCGCCGCAGCAAAGUCUCACGUUCCUACCGAAGCUGACAUCACAACCAAGCCUUCGGAUCGUCUAACGCAGCACAAGCUCAGUCUUCUGAAACAGGAAAUUGCUAACGCCAACAAGAUUGACACGACGAAGGACCGACAGGAGAUGGCGAUCUAUGCAUUUACGAUCGUGACCAUUAUCUUCCUCCCGCUGAGCGCCGUUGCAGGCGUCUUCGGCAUGAACACGGCCGAUAUUCGAGACAUGAGCUUGAAUCAGUGGGCUUACUGGGCGACCGCCGUUCCUGUCACCGUGGUUGUCAUCAUUCUGGGCUUGUGGUGGAUGGGUGAGCUUGGCAAUGCUCUUGCCUGGAUUCUCAGACGCCCUGUCAUGGGUGGAGGUGCUGUUGCGUCUGGCGCAGGAGCAUAUGCCAUAAUUCCUCCGCCGCUCCACGUCCAGCUGGCUACGCAGUGGCAAGGAGGCACCGGAGCUAUUACGAACUUUGAACCCGGACUCUCUUAA